GCAGCUUCCCUAGCAACGGGGCGGGUUAGAGCCGCUGUCCGCAGCGCCUUCGGCUCAGGACCAUCCAGGGAUGCCUCUGCAGGUUAGCAAUUACAGCUGGCAGCAGACGGAGACUGCUGUCUUUCUCUCUCUGCCGCUUCGAGGUGUCUGCGUCAGAGAUGCGGACGUGUUCUGCACAGAAAACUACCUGAAGGUCAACUUUCCUCCGUUUCUGUUCGAGGCGUUUCUCUAUGCGCCCAUAGACGAUGCCAGCAGCAAAGCCAAGAUUGGAAAUGACGCCGUGGUCUUCACCUUGUACAAAAAAAAAGCCGUCCUGUGGGAGACCCUCUGCUUGCCGGGUGUUGACAAAGAGAUGAUGCAGAGGAUAAGAGAAGAAUCUAUUUUACAAGCACAAGAGAGAGCAAAGGAAGCUGUGGAAGCAAAAGCUGUGGCAAGGCGAGAAGAUCAAAAGUACGCCCUGGAUGUCAUGAUGAAGAUUGAAGAAGAAGAGAGGAAGAAAAUAGAGAGUAUUAAAGACAAUGAACGGAAAAAAGCAACUGAAGAAUUGGAAGCCUGGAAAGAAAAUCGAGGAAAAGCUGAAGAGAAGAAAAAAAUUCAGAAACAAGACAAAUUAUGCCAAAAGAAGCAAAUGGAAGAAGAAAGGAAGAAAUUCAAACAUAAAAGUCUUACUAGAAAUGUAGCACCCAGCAGUCUCACCCCGAAAGGGAGAGAUUCAGGCAAUAUAUUCUUUGAGAAGUUAAAGGAAGACAGCAUUCCUGCUCCUCGCUCUGCUGGCAGUAUCAAGAUCAACUUUACCCCUCGAGCAUUCCCCACAGCUCUUCGUGAAUCUCAGGCAGCGGAAGAGGAGGAGUGGCUGCACAAACAAGCUGAGGCACGAAGAGCAAUGAACACUGAUAUUCCUGAGCUUUCUGAUUUAAAGGAAGACGAAAAGAAUCCAGAGUGGUUGAAGGACAAAGGAAACAAAUUGUUUGCAAUGGAAAACUAUCUGGCAGCCAUCAAUGCAUACAACUUAGCCAUACGCCUGAACAAUAAGAUCCCACUUUUGUAUCUGAAUCGAGCUGCUUGCCACCUAAAACUAAAAAACUUACACAAGACAAUUGAAGACUCUUCUAAGGCACUGGAAUUACUGACCCCACCUGUUGCUGACAAUGCCAAUGCAAGAGUGAAGGCACAUGUACGACGGGGAACAGCGUUCUGCCAGCUGGAAUUGUAUGUAGAAGGACUACAGGAUUAUGAAGCUGCACUUAAGAUUGACCCAGCCAACAAAAUUGUACGACAUGAUGCCGAGAAGAUUCGGAAUAUAAUUCAAGGAACAGAACUGAAAUCUUAAUGACCACUUGACAUUCCUAGCUAAACAAGGUGGCUGUGUGGAUACAGAGGGACAGAAGAAAGCAAAAAGAGAGAACGAAGAGUUCUUGCAGUCACUUUCCUUUGUAAGAUGAGGACAGAACCAUAGGUUUCCUGGAAUGUGGUGGUAUGGCUGCUUCUGAACACAAUGUUACAAGACAGGCUUCCCUGGAGCUGUGUCCUAUUUCAGAUUCCCAGCCCUGUUCCCAUGUUGUUGUGGUCUCCUCCUCCCAGCUGUAUUGCCUAAACCCUACACCCUUGGUACCAGAGAUGGGGUGGACAAUGGCUAGGAGUGAAAGAGGCAGGUUGGCUGAGGAGUAAGAGGAAUAUGAAGAGAUGGAAGGUUAUAGGGGCAUAUGACAAUGGCAGCUUUGUGGAAAAGCAUAUCAACCAAAUUAACUGGGAAACUUAAAAGUUGUGUACCUCCUACUGCUAAGAGUUAUAAAAAACACAAAUUAAGUGUUCUGGAUUCUUCUGUUGGCACUAAUAGCUUGAGUUUGACCUUGAUGAAAUUAUUUUACAAGGUUAAAAAUUGUGUAUAAGUAUAAAAAAGGACAUGGAUUAGAUAGAUGGCUUUGUUUUUGCAUCUGCAGACUCAGCUACCAGGGCUAAGUGGAGCAAUAAGAUAUGAAGUGAUUUUAUUUGAGGAAAGCAUGAAGCAGAAUGUAUAUUUAGUUGUGAUAUAAGGCUCUGAAUAACUGCACUGCAUGGUGUCCACAACCAUAUGUGGAGAGCACCUGACCCACACUGCAUAAGGCCCACAAAUCAUUUGUUCUGGCUG